AGGGCAGCCGCUUGUCAUCCUUUCCAAAUUUGUCUUGGCAUCGGCAGAAAAUUUUGUGCAUAUCCCAGAUUUUUUGUGUCUAGCUACGACAGCAACGAAAACCUGUAUUUUUAAGCCUAUCAGUUAACAGAAAAGUUUCAGCUGCGUGAUUUAGUCAUUAAAUAGCAUUGAAACCAAGUGUUCUCUAGUUUUUCAAAAAAGUUUCAGGUAAACGCUAAAUCAUGGAUUUACCACCAUCUGAAGACUUGAACGGAUUGGUACUUGGCGAUAAUCCUCCCGCCGGCCAUCCAAUCGGAAACCAACCGAAACGACAACCUCGCGGGCCAAAAAAAGUAAGCGGUGGUAAGCAAGAUGCUUUACCUAUCGAGGAAGCCCUUAAAACGGAAUUAACUGGCACCAACAAUAUGAAAACGCCCAUUUCGCUGCUGCAGGAGCUUCUAAGCCGUCGUGGCAUAACACCGCAAUAUGAUUUGAUGCAAGUAGAGGGAGCUGUUCACGAACCGACUUUCCGUUACCGGGUGUCUUAUCAGGAUAAAGAUGCUAUGGGCACGGGAAAGUCUAAGAAAGAAGCCAAGCACGCAGCCGCCAAGGCUCUAAUUGACAAGUUGACCGGAAUUUCGCUUAGUGACCCACCGGCUGGAGGAUUAAGCGUUAAGACUGAGCAAAUCGGUGAUGGCGAAGACGAACCGACUGGUAACCCUAUUGGUUGGUUACAAGAAAUGUGUAUGGCUCGCCGUUGGCCUCCGCCAACCUACGAAACGGAAAUGGAAGUCGGUUUGCCACAUGAGCGUCAGUUUACCAUUGCUUGCGCUGUCUUGAAAUAUCGUGAGGUGGGCAAGGGUAAAAGUAAAAAGAUCGCUAAACGCCAGGCAGCGCAGAGGAUGUGGCAGAGAUUGCAGGAUCAACCACUUGAGCCGAAUCAAAUUGUGCAGAUGCUUGACGAGGAGGGUAACGAAGAGCUGAAGGCAGCCACCAUCUCAGGACGGUAUGCCGGCUUGAAGGAUGCUCGUAUUCCCAGUUUGACUACUGGCCAUGGUCAAAAGGUUUCUCAGUUCCACAAGAGCUUGAAGUCGCGCACCGGUGACACUUUGCGCAAAUUGCAGGUCACCUGUUUGAAUGAUCGAAGUGUCGAUUUCGUUCAAAUGCUUCAUGACAUUGCUACCGAGCAACGGUUCGAGGUAACAUACGUGGAUAUCGAUGAAAAAUCGUUAAGUGGUCGUUACCAGUGUUUGGUUCAGUUAUCAACACUGCCCGUCGCGGUGUGCCAUGGAACCGGAGCUACCGCCAAGGAUGCCCAAUCGGCUGCUGCACGCAAUUCGCUGGAGUAUCUAAAAAUAAUGACUAAAACCUAAGCGUGGUUAAAAGAACGAAUGACUAGUCGAUGGUGCUUUGUAAAAGCGCUCACUAAAAAUACAUUACCAGCAAAUUGUGUUCAGGUGCUCCCACCUGGUAAAUAUCAAGUUCUGAUUCUGGUCGGUAUGGACGUUUGAACACCUCAUCAUCGAUAAGUCUUUGAAUAUGGAAAUCCAAUUUGCAAGCGUCUAGCGGAAACAAUCUUUUAACAUCGUCUCCUGACAUUGAUGUCGGAGAGUUAGGCCUGCAGUUACGCCUUCUAAUGGCGUCAAUAUACCCAAAACACAUUUUUACUUUGUGUAUUUGUCGAAACAACCGCUACGGACUGUGUUUCAAAGUUUUAUCAUCGCCUAUUCUCAUUGAGAAUAGUGACAAAGGUGGGCAAUCUAAAUGUAUUUUCUACAAGAUUUUUGUUUGUUUGGACGAGUUUUUCCGUUGAACGCUUUAUAAAAUUAUAAUUUUUAUGUGUCUUAUCCGAACAUAUAAAUAAAUAUAUA